GCAUUUGCUGCUCUGUUCUGGUUCUGUGCGCGUGCUGCUGUCACCAAAAUUCAACUACACCACCAUCAUUAUUUGUUGCCGUCAUCAUUUCAGUCGAGAAUCCAGAAAAAGUGAACAUUUUUAUUAAGAUUAAGGCAUAUUUAAACCUCAAAAUGCAGUGAAUUGUUAAAUAAACAUUAAUAUGAAGUGGAAAUGUUGAAAUACCGUAGUUAUCACCUAAAAAAGCAGUGAGAUUUUGCCAGAAUUAACUAGUGCAAUUUUAGCAACGUGGUCACGCCUUGCGAUUAUCAAAAAUCUAAAUUUCAAUUGAAUUUCUACAUACUCUUGGCAAUUCAUACUUUUGACAAAGCUCAUAUUCCCUUGGACUACUGCGGAAACAUUUUAGUAGUCAAAAAUACAGUAGAACUACGUCUAGUUUCCUAUCUUAGAUUCACACUUCACUGUUCUCCUGUAUCAAUUUUUAUACAAUUUCCAAUGCAAACAAAACGUCACCAUUGCAAAAAGAUCUCAAGGAUUCCCUGUAAACCCACCAUCUUUAUAAUAUAAUAAAGUUUUGGAAACCAGUUGGCAAAUCCUUAAGCACUUACAAGAAAAUAAAAUUCAAAACCUGCUCCAAGUUGCAAAAAUUUGAAUUAUCAUAACAAAUUCCCUCAGCGGUUAUUUUUUUGCCGCAACUAUUAUGGAUUUUUUUAAAAGUCGCAGCAACAGCAGUACCAGCAGCCAACAUAGUAACAGCAGUCACAAAUCACAUGCCUCGUCGAGUAAUAACGGUGCCUCCUACAAUUUAGAAUACUGUACAUCGUCCUCAUCGCUAUCACCUUUUGCCACAAAUACAUCAUCGAUUGGUGCUGCCUCAUGUCCAUCAUCAUCUGCAAAGACCAUUGUGAAUGUGGCUAUGGAGGAUUUAUUCCUUUCCAUCACCAACAGUAAUAGCUCGGCCUCGCACAUCUCAGCCUCAUCGUCCUGUUCGCCCAGGACAUUGAUAACGGUUUCUAAACUCUCGUCAUCUAGUCAUAAUAAUAAUAGUAACAAUGCAAAACGUAAACGUCGCUCGUCCGCAAGUCUAGAUGAUCGGGAUCCAGAAUUGGGUUUUGAACCUUCAGCCAAGCGUCAACAACGAUUACCUUCAUUGUAUCAAAGCGAUGCUGGGUCAGUUGUUUCCUCAGUAUAUCCUUCACCUGUUGACGAGACUUUAGUAAAUGAAAUCGAUACACGCAGUUCUUCUGAAUGUUUAUCAACGGCCACAGACUAUGAAGUAACACAUGAUGAUAUACCCGAUAGUCCCAGCAGCUUAAGACCUGAUAUAGAUGAAACACAUGAGGAUCUACACAACCGGAGCCAUAGCGAAGAGCAUGAUGGUGAUGGACAUGAAGAUGAAGGCGAUGAUGAGGAGGACGACGAUGAAGAGGAUCAUAUCACCGAUGAUGAUGAUGUGCACGAUAUUAUUUCAAAUUGUUCCACAGCCUCAAGAAAGACGACCCAAAUCUACAAUCCAGUUGGAUCCGGCGUAACUGUUUGUGUGGAAGAAAGCGUCCAUCAUGGUGAACGAACCCCCGGGCAUCGGUUAUCUACCUCAAAGUCUCAGUCAUCCUCCUCAUCUGCAGCAGGGGAAACAUCAUCCCAUCAGCAGCCUAAGGUCAAAUCUUUCGAUGACUAUCUCUCCACCAACUAUGAUUGUAUGACACCUGCCGCCGAUCCCGAACCACAAAGACUUUGCCCCUUGCCAGCUUUGUCCUGGGCAAAUGCACAAGAUGUGUGGCAGUUAAUGUGCAAGAAAGACGAACAAGCCUCAUGUCUGAGAAAUCCUUCCAUGUUGGAUUAUCAUCCCGGCUUACAGCCACGAAUGCGGGCCAUUCUUCUUGACUGGCUGAUUGAGGUGUGCGAAGUGUAUAAACUACAUAGGGAGACUUACUAUUUAGCUGUUGAUUAUUUAGAUCGUUACUUGAGCGCCCAGAAAAAUGUGCAAAAAACUCACCUGCAAUUGAUAGGCAUUACUUGCCUUUUUGUUGCUGCAAAAGUAGAGGAAAUAUACCCCCCGAAAAUCGGUGAAUUCGCUUAUGUUACCGAUGGUGCCUGCCAGGAAUCGGAUAUAUUGCAACAUGAAAUUUUAUUGUUGCAAGCUUUAGAAUGGAAUAUUAGUCCUGUUACAGCUAUUGGCUGGCUGGGCGUCUAUAUGCAAUUGAAUGUCAAUAAUCGUACACCCGCCUCGUUCCAAACUUCACAAAGAAGAAACAAACGGCAGCCAAGUACAACAGCACCUACAUCAUCUUCCUCCACGUCCUGCUAUUCAAUUGAUAUUCUCAAUAGAUUCGUGCGAUCACCAGAAGUUGACGAUGCAUUUAUUUAUCCACAAUUCUCGGGAUUGGAAUUUGUACAAACGGCCCAAUUGUUGGAUUUGUGUUCACUAGACGUGGGUGUUGGAAAUUUUCCCUAUUCGGUGAUUGCAGCAUCAGCAAUUUCGCAUACGUUCAAUAGGGAAACUGCGCUACGUUGUUCAGGUCUCGAAUGGAAUACCAUUCAGCCUUGUGCAAGAUGGAUGCAACCUUUCUUUGAGGUGAUUUCCGAAGAAUCACAUAAUUUACAUUUAUUGGAACAAAAUGAGCAAAUCAGUACCAAAUUUGGUUUGGGUCAUAUAUGCCCGAAUAUUGUAACGGAUGAAUCACACAUUAUACAAACACAUACCACAACAAUGACAAUGUUUGAUCGUGCCUGCCUUUUACAGGAACAACUAUUGGCUAUGGCUAGUAAAAUCAAACAGGAAGCCUCUCCUGCCACUGGCUUGAUGUGUCCCGAUGGCUUGCUAACACCACCAGCAUCUAGUCGCAAAUCUUUGGAUUGCAUUGUUGAAGAGCUACACCACUUACACAGCGUAAUCGUAAAUGAGAACCGAGACGGCAGUAAAUGAGCUUUGCUAAAGGGAAUAAUGAAGACAAGCCUCAAAACACAAAGCGGAAGAAAGGUAUAAGACUUCAUUGAAGAUGGUUUUUAAAAGACCUUAAUUUCACUUGAAAUACACUACUUCCAUUUAUGUGGCGAUAGGGGGCUAAAGCCCUGUAGUAGUCGGUACAUGAAAAACAAAAAAUAAACGCCCAACAUCAUAUGUUAAGUAAAUCUAAUUUAUUAUUAACUUAUUUUUUAAUAUGCGCAAAAAUCCAAGUCCCACAAAAAGUAAUUAAUUGUUUUCUAUUAGCUAAGUUUAGUCAAAUAAUCACUUAAUUUAAAUUUAUUUUUAAUGUAAAAAAUUCAAAAAAUAGAAAACUCUCAUAUACAACAACUAAUCCCCUUGUCUCAAACGCAUACACCAUACCUCUAUUCCAUAUGCAUUAUUUCAUAAGGUUGUAGAUAAAAAUCCAUAAAAUAAUCCACCAUUACCGUUAAUUAGCAUUUACAUUGAACUUACAUUUAUGUUGUUACAUAGGUGCUUGAUACAAUAACAAACUCUUCUAGUGGAGAAGACCUAUGGUACCUAUGGAGGUGCAGGGAAAAUGUAGAAAACUUCGUUUAUGACUUACCAUUGCCACAUAUGAAUCUAUUUAACAUUUUCAAUUUGGAAGUUAAGACUUCUUCAUUUGAAAUAAACAAAACAAAACAAAAAAGUUUCGAUGCCAAUGCAAUUUCGGUUUACUAUUCGGGUUACAGCGUCAAUAUUCAAAAUCUUUUUGAGUCUGAUAUCGAAUCAAGAUAUUAUUUUUUUAAAGUCUUUUUAGUGGCUCAGUUCAUCAUGGCAAGCGAGUAGCAAAUGGCUGUCGUUUCUACAUUUUUCUUGUGCUGAAUCCGAUUUCAUCAUAUUCUCCACAAACUUCUAGCAGGCUUUUAAGAAAUUUAGUUAAGAAAACAGUAGCCAUUAUAAACGAUUGAUUACAAUAACAAAAACGUUCUUUUUUCCAACUUUUAAUAAAAUUUUUCAUUUUAAUCACUGUAAUUAGACAAAAUUUCAUUCAAAAUGUAUUUACAUUCACUAGACCUAAGAAAAACAAAACAACAAAUUUUUGUGCUCUUAAACACUUUUGGAGGUUCUUUGAAAUUUUUCACGUCUUGUGCCAAACAAAUUUUCAUUUAAUAUUAUGAUUGUUUUGAAAUUUGAAUUUUUUAGUUGAAUUUUAUAAGCAAAUAUUUUUUAACCAUUAUGAUCUUAACUCGACUAACAACUACAUUUGUCAUAUUUCAUCGGUUAGGUUCUUAAAAACUAAAACACUAACUUAAAUUUAUAAGUUGAGGGCAAAAGAGAUCACCCAGGACUAAUACCACUAACUUUUGUCAUUCAUACCAUGCUCUUUUUUGUUUUAUUUCUAUUUUUUUAUGUAUUUACACAUUUUCCAUUACUAACAACUACUAAUUGCAUAGAAGCUCCAAUUGUAAUUGGAAUCAUUUUGCAGAUGAAUGGAAAGUUAUGAAAAUCCUAACGAUUUGGAGAAACGCCGAACUUUUAAACCAAAUGACAUUCCUUUGAUUAUUUCUCCAAUGAUCUCAAACGCUUUCCAUUCCCAAAAAUGAUUCUUAUCAAGUUGGUGCUUCUAUGUCAUAUUUACCAUUUGCAUUUUUUAGUUCUUAUUUUCGUAUACAAAUCGAGCAGCAAGACACAAGAAUUAAUUAAGUGUACAAAAUUACAUGUAAUAGCCUGUUUCAGGGAAAAAAUGUAUAUACAGUUUUUUUUUUUUUUCAAAUGACUAUAAUAAAAAGAAUACAACAACAACAAAGCGGCAUUCAUAUUUCUCUACACAAUAAUUUUAUACUACUUGGCCAUAAUUUGCACAGCAAAUUCUAAGUCUUAAUCUUUUACUAAAUGACCGCGAAACCGACCCACGAAAAAUUCAAAAUUAUAAUUAAUUAUACAAAAAAAGUAUGCAAAACUGAACGCAAAAUGUCUUAAAACGUCCACCUUUUUCUUUUGUAACAUAGCAUUAACCUGUUUUAAGGUUAAAAAAAAUAAUAAUAAUAAAAUUAAGAAAAUCAAACAAAAAAAAACUUAACGCUUGAAUUUUUUAUUUAAAAAUACGCCUGGUUAAUGCAUGUCUUAUAUUCACUCUACUUAAAAAGGAACAGAAAGGUCACGCUUCCUAUUGUCAGGUUUAUUAAAUCCUAAUGUAUGUACAUAUAUAUAUAUAUAGAGUACUAAUU